UUCUCCUCAAUCAAUCAUCCUUGCGAAAUAUCUCUCCCAUCUCUCCCACCGGCCCAACUCUUAAUCUCUCAUUUAUUCCUCCCUCCUCCCCCGCACCCCCUCCCUCCCUUCCUCUUUGUCCUUUGUCGCCGAAGAAUCCUUAUCUUAUCAGCCGAUCAUUGACUCAAACCCACUAUGCCCCUCACCAUCCUCUCCCAAGAACAACUCCGCUCCCUCCUCCUUUCGCUCUCCCGCGACCAGAUCGUUUCGCUGCAAGAGAACCUUGCCCGGGCCCUUCGCGAUUAUUCUACCGGUAGCCAAGAGAAGGGCUGUGCUGCUACAUAUCAACCUCAACGCACUGCCAUCACCCGUCCCGAUGGCUGCACCACCGUGUUCAUGCCCGCGAGUACGGGCCCUACCCUGGGCAUGAAGGUGAUUUCGCUACAAGAUAAGAAUGCUCCCGUGGGCUGCUCCGUCGACGCCGCCGCCAAGGUCUCCCCGAGCGACCGGACGGGAGUCUCCCAAGUCGACAAGCGCAAAUCCAUGGCCUCGAUUGCCUCGGACGUCAGCGAACUCUCCCUCUCCUCACAAGAAGGCACCUCCACCAGCAACUCCUUGACCAUGACGAGUAGCGGAGGCAGUGGAAGUGGCAGCAGUCGCAGCCAGUCGCUGGCGGUGGGCUGCGUCAAUCAACAACCGGUCGCGGGCGGCUUAUCCCAAACGAUGGGCGCCUGGCCGGCGGCGGGGGCCCGCGAUACCUCCCCACAGGGCAGCGUCACGCUGCUGGACAGCAACAGCCUGCCCUUCGGGUUGAUCAACGCGCAUGAACUCACGCCCUUCCGCACCGCCCUGACCUCCCUCAUGACGCUCAACAAGCGCAAGCGGGUGCGCACGAUCGUGGUGUUUGGCGCGGGGAAGCAGGCCUACUGGCACAUCCGGCUAGCGCUGGUGCUCCGCAGCGCGGACAUCAAACGGGUCUACAUCAUCAAUCGAUCGUUCGACCGAGCGGCGCAGUUGCUCCGGGAUAUCUACGCCCCGGAGAACGCGAGCUGGCGCGGCAAUGUGAAAUUUUCCGCCGUCAGCUCCGACUUUGUGGAGUACCCCCGCAUCCGGCAUGACGCGCUGCGCAAAGCCGACGCAAUCUUCUGCUGCACCCCGGCCAUCGAUCCGCUGUUCCCCGCCGAGAUCCUGACCGACCGUGAAGGCCGCCAGAAGGGCCGGCUGAUCAGCGCAAUUGGAUCCUACAAACCACACAUGACGGAACUGCCCCCGGAUCUGCUGCGCGACGAAGUGAACGUGCACCCCCCGGGCCACCGCCACUUCCACAAGCACAUUAAACGCAGUGGGGUGGUGGUGGUCGACAGCCUCGACGCCGCCCUCCAGGAGGCGGGCGAGAUCGUCCAGGCGGGGAUCAAGCCGCACCAGGUGGUCGAAAUUGGCGAGCUAUUGAUCGUGCGCGAGUCUUCGCACGGGGACGCGGACAGCGACGACCAUCAAAGCCUGCGUGAGUGGGUGGAACGGGGCAACGUGAUCUUCAAGAGCGUGGGGAUGGGGUUGAUGGACUUGGUGACCGGCGGGGAUCUGAUCCAGUUGGCACGGGAGAAGAACAUUGGCACGACAAUUGCGGAAUUUUAGCUGAGAUAUUCGGGCGGCUUUUCCUACAGUACUGCUUUGAUUCGGCGUGGGUGCAUCUUGUUUUCCGAAGGUCUUCUUCGGACUUUACUUCUUGGGCAUCAUGAUGUUUGCGAGACAGACCUGGGGUUUUUAUCACUUCUCUGUUUCAUAUUAUUAUUAUUAUAACUAAAUGGGAUAGGUAAUAUACUUUGACGCUG